AUGCUUGCGCUGCAAGCUGAAUUCUGGAAGAAGAAUCCCAGAAAUCGCAGGGAGGAUUUUGACGUAGAGAAAUGUCAAAUCCAAGAAGAUCAUCCGGCUCUGGAAAAAUACCAUGAGCUGGCAAAACUCAUCAACCAGUACUACGAUGACAUCGACAAAGAUGAGGUUAAGGGCCACACCAACAAGUCUAAAUCUGAGCGUAUUCGGGCUGUCGAAAACAAGGUGUGGAGGGCCUACCUCGCCUAUGAGCACAACGGCUUUGGUAUGGUCAGAGGUAAGCUUACGCACUGGCGUCAAAUGCUUCCGACCACUUCUGAGAUGAUCAUGGAUCGAUUCGUGCAUCCUUACGGCCACGGCAAUUCUGCGAUUCUUGGAUAUACUCAAAGCAUGGGUAUAAUAUCGGAACUAGAUAUCAUGCAUGGACAUAAGGAUGACCGCCAAGUCACCUCAAGCGAUUUCGACAGUCUCAUCAGUGGCCUCAAAGGGAUGACAGAAGUGCUCGGUGCCGUUCAAGAACGAAUCUCCAACUUGUUAUCGGCCUUCGCCAGCAUUGAAAAGCAGCUGCAGGGACUUCAAAAUUGUUUAGCUUCACAGGAACAAGUCGACAAACUGAAAACAACCUCCAAUCAAGGCAACCAAGGUGUUGCACACUACAAAGCCAGUUAUGGCGGUAGCAAAGCUCCCAUCGCUAAGCCUGUCUCUGUUUCCAAGGCCUCCAACUCUGGCGGCAGCAGCAACAAAGCUGCUAGCAAGGUUACAAAUGCCAAAUCCAACACUGUUCCCAAGACCCCGGGCGCUAGUGCCAGUUGCAAGGCUACCGUUGCCAAAUCUGGCACUGGUUUCAAAUCUAUAAAAGUGAAGCCCAAUGGUAUACCCAAGACGGUUGCGGGUAUGGAAAAGAAGCGACCUCGUCCGGAAGGCAGUAAUGAGGCAAGCGGGUCCAAGAAGCAAAAGACAACAAGGUUCUCUUCUCCUCUCAAGGAUUGGAUCAAAGUUGAAAAUGAAAGUGAUGCCUGA